AUGGACAUCACUGAGUUUGAACGCGCGGUGAUCACUGCGUUUCAAUAUGCUGCAUCCAGUGCCACGGACCCGCAGUCACGGACGCUUAAGCUGCAGGCUGAGAGUUAUUGUGCUGCCGUCAAGAGCCAAACGGACGGUUGGCAGGCCGAACUUCAGCUCUUUGAGCACUCGGAGCACGAACAGGUCAAGUUCUAUGCGCUCCAGGCACUGCAGGAGUCUCUAGUCAAUGGCAUUGAUGACUUUGUGGCUACGGAUGUGCGAAGCAAAUUGCUGAUGUGGUUACAGAGUCACGUGGCUUAUGUGGAGAGCAAAGCGCCGUAUCUCAAGACCAAGCUGGCAGUCGUAAUCACGCUGCUGAUCAAAAGAGACUACCCGGAACGUUGGCCGACGGCUUUUUCAGAUCUUCUUGCUUUGCUGCCACAGGGCGCAUCAAUGGUUGAGAUGUAUUUUCGCAUCUUGUUGGUGAUUAACGAAGAGAUUGUCGAGUUUGAACCUCAGAGGACGCAGCAAGAGGCUGCUCAUAAUAUGAAAAUUAAAGAUGCUAUGCGUGAAGGAUCGUGUAUGCGGGAGAGCUUUGACGUCAUUUCGCGUGUGUUAAUGAAUGCUGACGCAAGCGAAGUAAUGCAUGACCUAAGUGCUAGUGCACUCGAAAUGCUGAAGUGCUACGUUAGCUGGGUGGACAUCGGUCUUGUGGUAAAUGACACGCUCUGGCCACUGUUAAUCAAGCUGCUGCGCGACAGUGAGGCAUUACGCUGCCAAGCAGCCAACUGUGUGUUUGAAGUCAUCGAUAAGGGGAUGACGCCGGAGAAGAAACUCGCGAUGCUACAGGAAUUACAGAUAUUGGACAUGUUGGCGGCACUACCUAUUCGUGAGGAUGACGAGUUUGCAGAGGAAAUCGGGGAAGUUAUCAAUGCGGUUGGCGUGGAGCUGUUGACGUGCAUGGACGCCUUCCGUCAUACGUGUCAGGCUGAUUUACUGCAGGCGAGCGGCGAUAUGCUGCGUCGAUUGAUGCCGCUCGUGUGGGAACUUUUUGCGCAUGAGUCAAAAGAUGUGUCGGAAGAAGUGUUUGAGAUUGUGAACGCGGUAGGAGGUCCAAUGCUUCGAACCGAGACACAAGCCGCUGGCAAGUUGCAGAUCGAGGCAGAAGUGUUUCGACCCUCAGAGAGCAUCCCACAGAUUCUGAAUGGUAUUUACCGACAAACUCGGUUUCGUGAGGACUCAGACUCGGAUGCUGCAGAAUUUGAAGAGUACCGGCGCAAUUUGUAUACCAUUUUCCUCAACGUUGUGCGUCAGCGACCGCAUGACACGCUUGCUUAUCUAUCAAACCUGGCUCAAAGUCUGCCUGGACUAUUUGGUGAGAUGGAUCCGCGCGAUCUGGAAAGCUUCUUGUCGCUUGUGUACCGAUUCAAGGAAGGGAUUACACCUCUGAAAGGCGUGGCCGUAUCAUUUAACGAACCAACGAGCCCUUUAUCGCUCAUGAUCGUACAUAUUCAUCGGAGUAUGCUGUCAGCGUCUGCGGGUGCUAUACCACUGCAUCCAUCUGUGUUACUGUCGUAUUACGACCUCGCUGUACGGUACAGCAAAGUGCUGCAGACUGAACCAGCACUCACACCGGCAGUACUUGAGAUGAUGUUUGGCUCGUUUGGGCUUUCUCAUCCAGCUGCUCGUGUUCGCUCUCGAGUAUGCUACCUGUGUCUGCGCCUUGUAAAGGCUCUUGGCGCCUCGGUCAACCCUCAUGCGUCCAGUAUCUUGACCGCGCUACAGCCAUGUCUUGCGAUUGUCAGUGAGCGUGAUGGUGACACCAGCCAGCACACAAUAACCUGCUUAACGCACGACGACCAGCUAUACCUCUUCGAACUUGCCGGUCAGAUUAUCGCUUCGCUUGUGAUACCCACACAAGAGACGGGUAUAAACGUGAAGCAGCUUCGAUAUCGGUACACAAUAGCUGUGCUAGACCCAUUGCUGCAGGGAUUGAAUACGACGCUCAAAGAGCUGGCACAGGGUACGGUAACCGACGAAGAGUUCGCUAGUGAUCACUGCGCGAUUCAUCUCAAUGCUAUCGCUCACGUGCUCAAGGCGUUCAAAAGUACUGACUGCAUGGAAAACCAGCAGGAAACGUUUACACAGGUGCUCACAGCUUCAGCUUGUGUGCUUCGUACGCUCGCUCACAUCCCGCGUGUUCGCUCGAAGGUGAUUUUUAUGCUGCACCGACUGGUUUCUGUGCUGGAGCGUGAGCAUUUUUUGGGCAAUGUGCAGGAACAUCUGCAGACACUUAUGAUGGGCUGCGAGCAGGCUGAGGUUGUCGAGAUUGUACAACUUCUUGACCAACUUAUUAUCAAGUACAAGCAAGCUUUGGGUGGAUUCCUCGACAGAACAACACUGUCAUUUGUGCAGCACCUGUGUACGUUGAUGCCAGAACGGAGCACUUUAGCCAAUGCUGAGACGAAGGACGCCCCGCAGCUCGAGCGUGAAGCUGUACAGAAGUACUUGUACACAUUCUUGUUGCAUCUGGUAACGCAUGGUUUGGACGCCGUGUUAAUCAGCGCGCACAACGUUGCGCAGCUGGAGAAUGUGUUGCGUCUCGUAUUGGAGGGUUGUGCGGAGGUCCAGGAUGCCAAUAUCAAUCGUGCAUGCUUUUCGAUUGGAAGCAUGCUGGCUGAGCGCUGGAUUAGCGAUGGAAACGCACUUUCUCCAGCAAGUGAAGCUUCGGGUGCAGCAUCGGCAGCCACAUCGGCAGCAUCUGUUGCCCUGCGUGCUGAAAUCCACGCCGAGCUGUCGGCUGAAGGCAAAGCUCGAUUCUUGCAGAUUCUAGUGCAAGACUUUACGCGUGCCAUGUUUGCCGUAACGAAGCUGCGUCACUUUGACGUGGAGGAAAUGCAGACGAUGCUGGCUGUCAAAGAGAUUGUUAACAUGCAGGCCGUGCUGGUAGCUUCCCUAGGUAUUGAGUACUUGACGUACCUGCGUGAUAUAUUCCUGCCAUCAAUUGGGUGUCCUGCUGAACUAGCGGGGACAUACACGGAGCAGGUUGCCUUGGGCGAUCGCAAGAAGAUCCAAGUAGCGUACAAAGCUUUGGUGAGCCGGAUGAUGUAA